AUGGAGCACCUGAAACCUCCCUCUGCUUUGAGAUUAAGCGAGGAGAGAGACAAGUCCGAGUGCUGGAGACAGUGGAAGCGCUCGUGGGACCUUUACAAGGUUGCUAGUGGACUUGAAGAAAAGUCCGAGAAGAUACAAGUCGCGACACUCUUGCACGUGUUAGGCAAAGAAUGUCAAGAAAUCUUUUCUCAAUUCACGUGGGAGAAGGAAGAGGACUCUGAUGAAAUUUCAGCAGUCGAAGAGAAGUUCAAAGCUUAUUUCGAGCCACUUUGUUCAAAGAAUUUCAAUCGUCAUUUGUUUAUCGAAAGAAAUCAAAGAGACGGCBAKUCAGUUGACGAAUACUGCGGAGCUCUCAAAGCCYUAGCAAAAAGUUGUGAUCUUGGCGACAGAGGAGAAUCRUGGAUAACUACAAAGUUAKUCUUAGGCCUCAGAGACAUAAAACUAAAAGAGCGAUUGAUGGAAAGCGACAAAAGCCUCGAAGAUACGCYAAAAGCAGCAAGAAUCGUGGAAACGAGUAGACAACAUUUGCAGUCUAUUACCAGUAAUGGCGCCAAAGCGGCGGACUCUGUUGAAGCUGUCGAGUCAGUUGGACGGCGUUAUGCAAAAGGACAGCGAAAUAAAGCUUCCAACAGCCAAAACAAAGAGAGAGAGAGACAUCUCGAAAAGCUUAAGAAAAAAGAUUCAUCUAAUAUUAACUGUGUCAACGAGCAUGAUGAUGAUGYUGUAGRAGAUUUAMGUUCAGAUGAGAGUUUUCACAUUGGAUCUCUUGAAGUCGGAGAGAAGGACUGGGUCGAGACAGUCAAUUUCGGAAAUCUACAAGUAAAUCUAAAGYUAGACAGCGGAGCUCAAUGCAACGUUAUAACAAAGAAAAUUUAUGACAAGAUUACUACUAAGCCAUUGGAACAAACGAAAGUUAAGCUCGAGAGUUACACCAAAACAUUCAUUAAGCCCCUGGGACAGUGCACAUUAAUUGGAGUAAAUAGAGGAAACAAACACAGCCUGUCUUUCCAAGUUGUUGAUGGAAACUACACACCUAUCUUAGGAAGAGCAAGCUGUGAAGAAAUGGGACUAAUUCAGCGUGUGAACUGUGUGAACACUGAAGCACUCAUGAAGGAUUACUCAGAUGUUUAUUCUGGUCUAGGAUGUUUACCUGGAGAGUACCAUAUAACAAUUGAUCCUAGUAUAACUCCUGUUGUACACCCUCCUCGCAGGAUAGCUCAUUCCAGACGUGACAAACUGAAGCACGAACUAGACUGCAUGGUCAGAUUAAACAUAAUCGAGAAGGUACCAUUGAACGAGCCAGCGGAUUGGGUGAACAGUACCGUUGUUGUCGAAAAGCCAAAUGGAUCCGUAAGAGUAUGCAUAGACCCCAAGGAUUUGAAUGUUGCCAUCAAACGUGAACAUUAUCCACUACCCACAGUGGAAGAAAUAGCUGCAAGAUGUACUGGAGCCAAACUCUUUACAACGCUCGACGCAGAACAGGCAUUUUAUCAGAUAAAGCUCGAUGAAGAGAGCAGAAAGCUCUUGACAUUUAACACUCCCUUUGGAAGAUUUCGUUACUUGAGAAUGCCGAUGGGAAUCAAAUCAGCACCUGAAGUAUAUCAACAGAGAAUGGAACUGGUCUUYGAAGGACUAGACGGUGUGGAAGUCAUGAUGGAUGAUAUUCUUGUUCACGGUAGGAACGAAGAAGAACAUGACAUAAGACUACAAGCUGCACUACAGCGUGCAAGACAAAACAACUUGAAA